UCUCUAUAAAAAACGUCAACGCUCUUUUCUUUUUCUCAUCCUUUUAAAAUCACACACGCAACCAACCAACCAACUAACACCCAGAGAGAGAGAGAGAGAAGGAGAGUGUAAGCUAGCUAGCUUUGCAGAGUUCUGCCGAUUCAAUGGCGACCAAAGUGUAUAUUGUGUACUAUUCCAUGUAUGGACAUGUAGAGAAACUGGCAGAAGAGAUUAAGAAAGGGGCUUCAUCUGUUGAAGGUGUUGAGGCCCAAUUAUGGCAGGUUCCUGAGACACUGCCAGAAGAGGUGCUUGGAAAGAUGAGUGCACCACCAAAGAGUGAUGUACCAAUCAUUACACCUGGUGAACUCGCUGAAGCUGAUGGAUUUGUGUUUGGAUUCCCGACAAGAUUUGGAAUGAUGGCUGCCCAAUUCAAAGCUUUUCUGGAUGCAACUGGAGGUCUAUGGAAAACACAGCAACUUGCUGGCAAGCCCGCUGGAAUCUUCUUUAGCACUGGAUCGCAAGGUGGUGGCCAAGAGACCACAGCGUUGACUGCUAUUACCCAACUUGUUCACCAUGGGAUGAUAUUUGUUCCCAUUGGCUACACAUUUGGUGCUGGCAUGUUUGAGAUGGAGAAGGUGAAAGGUGGAAGUCCUUACGGCGCAGGAACUUUCGCUGGGGAUGGGUCGAGACAGCCAACCGAGCUUGAAUUGGAGCAGGCUUUCCACCAGGGCAAGUACAUUGCUGCCAUCACAAAGAAGCUCAAAGGAGCUGCUUAAGUUUACUCAAUUACAAGAAUACGGUCUGGUCUUCCAUUUUUUCACCCUAUAGAAUAUGCAUUUGCAAAGAAUAAUUCUUAUUCUACUGUUUAUUAUAUGCUUUUCAUGUGUGUAACACGAUAGUGAUUAUUGUCUCAAUGAUAUCAAGGUUGGUUGUGUUUUCAUUUA